UCCACAUCCAUGGUCUCACCACUGCACAUCCCACUGAUACUUCACCCACUGCCGGAGAAAGCCUUCUAACACAGAGGAAGAAGCAUGAGGAACUCACUGCUGAGGAUGCUGGCCACCUUGAUGUGUGUCCUGGCCGCCUGCGCCGAUGUCGUGCCCGUCAAAGACUUCAGCCUGGAGAAGAUGGCAGGCAAGUGGUACAGUGCUGGCAUUGCUACCAACGCUCAGUGGUUUGUGAACAACAAGGCAGGGAUGACGAUGGGCACAGCUGUAUUUGUGCCAACUGAAGGAGGAGACCUGGAUCUCUCUUAUGCCAACCUGAAUGCUGAUGGUACCUGCUGGAGAAUGACUCACAAUGCUAAUAAAACUGAUACUCCUGGACGCUUCACCUUCCAUAGCCAGGCUUGGAACAAUGACAACGACAUGCGCAUUGUCGAUGUCGUGUACGACGACUUCGCUCUGGUCCACACCAUCAAGACAAAGGAUGGAGUGUCCGAGGACCUCAUUUCUCUUUACAGUCGUACCCAGGAGGCCAGUGAUAACCUGCAGCAGAAGUUCAUACAGUUUUCCCUGGCCACCGGCAUCCAGGCCGACAACAUUGUUAUCCUCCCGAAAAAAGAUGAAUGUCCCGAGGUCUGAGUCCCUUGCCUCCCUCCUUCCACCGUCUCUCGCUCUCGCAAGUCCCAGGCUUUCAUCGUGUGUUUCAAGUGUCUUACCCCCCACUCCCCACCCCCCUCCUCACUGGGGCGUCUGGACCAUUACACUCCAUUCCUUGCUGCACCCCGAAGACCAAUGCUAACAACAAAGGGCUGAUUAGUGAGACAAUGGGAAGAAAUACAUAUGACUGUGAAGUUUGUCAGUUUAACGUUUCCUACUUAUCUUUUGUAACUGCUGAUUUCUUUUGUGGUGUCUUGUGUUUUGUUAAAACAAACUCAAAUAUGAUUUUAUAAAAUGCUGAAACGAUA